AUGUUUCAUGAUCCUGAAUUAGAUCGUCUAACUGAUGGAUCCGGUAGUAUCCCUUCGAAACCUUACGUUGGUGACAUUGAACACUUACGUACUCUCCAACAACCCGCUCAACCAAUUCCUAAAUUCGAUGAAGCCUUAGAGCUACUCAUGAAGCCCGAAAACAAUCAUGUCAAAUUUAACAUUGAUAUUAAACCAAACAAUCCACCGGAAAGAUUAUUUAGUAUCAUGCACAAAUCCAUCUCAAAGUAUACCGACUACGAAAAUAGAUUAGCACCACGCCUUAUACUUGGUCUCUGGCAUCCAAAGUUCAUAGAGCCUGCAAAAAACAUUAUUCCAUAUGCUCACUUAGCUCAUAUUGGUAUGAGCACAUCACUCGCUCGAUCUCACUUCUUCGAUCAUGUCAAGGUCUUGAGUAUGUCAUUUAGCUCAUUAAUCAGUAGCGACGGUCAAGCAUUUCUUAAACAGUGCAAAGAAUCACAUAAAGGUGUAAUGGUUUGGACUGUCAAUAAUCGUUCCGAAAUGGUCGAGGCUUCUAAAUGGGGAGUUGAUGGUAUUAUUACUGAUGAAACGAAAUAUUUCGUUCAAUUGAGAAAGGAUAUGGAAUCUGACUUUGAUGCCAUUUCGAAUGAGAACGGUCUUCUCUUUCCAUGGUCUUCAUUGAAGUAUUACAAACCAUUGACAGAUUUGGCUGCUUAUUUGGAAAUCAAAUUUAUAACUCUACAUGGCGGUCAAAUUGAAAGAGCUAGCACUUGA